AUGUUAAGUUAAGUGUCUGCUUUACUAUAUGUUUACUACAAAGACUAGAAUAGUGAACAUAAUUAAGAAAGAUUUACAUACUAUUGUGUAGUGAUAAGCAUUCUCAAUUUUUUUGGAUUUAUUUUAAAUGGGGUUGAAUAGCAUCCAAAAUCUAAAGGAAAUUCAUUUAAACUUGUUAUGGAAUUGAUUUGUUCUUUAUUAGGUUUGAUUUCAAUAUUGUGUUACUUCUUUUAUUACUUUAUGGAAUUUUCAAUGCCUAGCAUGUAAAUGCUUUCAGGAUUGAUAUUAAUUUGGGUUAUUGAAUGCUCUCUUUAUUAUAUUUUAAGUGAUAAAGGACUGCAAAGUAUGCUUAGUCUAUUUGUUACAACAAAUGUUUUAUUAAUUAAUGGAGAUAUUGCAUUGAAAGGAUUGGGAUAGUUUAGUGUAAUUAUUAAUAUAUAGAUUAGAACUUAUUUGAAUACAGUUCCAUCAAUUUGAUUGUAUUAUGCGCUCAAUUUUCGUGGGCAGGUGAGCCAACUACAAAGAAAACAAAUAGUCUUUUUUAUAUCAUUUCAAGGUAAGACUGUUUUAGAUUGAUGGUCUACUUUUUAUUAUUCAAUAUCUUAAAUAAUACCAUUAAAGCAGUAACAGAAAACAUUUAUGUAAUUGUUCCAACAUUGGCUACUCUUAUUCCUUAUAUAUGGGCUACUGCUAAAUUUAGUCAAAGAAGAUAUAAAUAAGCAUUUGGAUUAUUCCUCUUCACCCUUGUUAUUUACUUUCCUAUUGACGUGUACAUAAAAUAGUAAUAGCUAAAUCAAUAAAAUUAAUAACAAAUCUAACUAUGA